AUGAAACUUUGGGAAGGUGGUAUUAUUCCUUAUCAUUUCGAUGAUGUAAUGACUGGACAACAACGACGACUUAUUAAAAAAGCAAUGAGAGAGUGGGAAAAAUCAACAUAUGAGUUCGGGGAUUUUGAAAAGUAUACACAUGACCAAGUUGACCUAUUGGACUUGCCAUACGAUUAUGAAUCUGUAAUGCACUACCAUUCGACUAUACUUACCAAUCGACAAUUACCACCUACAAUAAAACGAAUACCAGAAAGUCAGAAUAGUCCUUCAGAUUUGAUAAAAGAAAAGAGUAAACCAAAAUGUGGAGAAACAUUUUAUGAGUCUAGUGGUACAUUUGAACAACCAAUAAAUAACAAUAACGUUACACUAAAUGAUAUUGAACGGUGUGAAUGGAGAAUUAGAGCAGCUGGAGGCGAAAGAAUAAAACUCAAAAUCACAUCAUUGAAGAUUUAUCAGACUUACAAUUGUUUAUUGGAUUAUCUGGAAAUUCGGCAUGGAAGUUCGCCAAAUAGUCCUAUCUUAGAUAAAAAUUUUAAUACUACUAGUAGUAAUGAAGAUUUGUUCAGCAGAACCCGAAGAACAGUUGCUAUGUUAGAUAAAAAAAAACUUUGGAAAAGCGGUAUAAUUCCUUAUGAAUUUAGUGAUAUUGUUAAUGGAGAACAACGAAGAUUCUUAAAAAAAGUAAUGAGAGAGUGGGAAAAAUCAACAUGUGUUCAAUUUGUCGCAAGAAAUAAAGAGUUCCAUCCAUGUUAUUUAUUGUUUACGAAAUUACAACAUUGCCAGUGUUGUUAUGUUGAACGAAAAUAUACAAAUACAAUCAAGUUCAUAGGUUUACAGAAUAAUUGCUAUAAACAGCAAAUUGUUCUUCAUGAAUUAGGACAUGCUAUUGGUCUUUUACACGAACAUAAUCAUCCGGAUCGUGAUAAAUAUAUUGCAAUAAAUUAUUUUAAUAUUGAUACAGAUCUGUUGGAUCAAUAUAGUAAAUAUUCGGCCGAUCAAGUUGACACUUUGAGUUUACCAUAUGACUAUCGUUCAAUUAUGCACUAUACUUAUAAUUUAAGUUUAACUGACCCGAAAUCAAGAACAAUAGUACCUAUACCAAACAACCAAAAUAAAAACUUACUGGUGACAAAUGAUAAUUUAGAACUCAGCAAUGGAGACAUAGUUGCUACGAAGCUUAUGUAUCAAUGUUCCAGUUGUGGAAAAAUAUUAUAUGAGCCUAAUGGUACAUUUGAGCAACCAAUUAAUAACAAUGACGUUACACUAAAUGAUGUUGAACGGUGUGAAUGGAGAAUUAAAGCAGCUGAAGGCGAAAGAAUAAAACUCAAAAUCAUAUCAUUGAAGAUUUAUCAGACUUACAACUGUUUAUUCGAUUAUCUGGAAAUUCGUAACGGAAAUUUGCCAAACAGUACUUUUUUAGACUUUGUAACGAUAUGUAGUUUCGUUGAUAUAGGUAUCUGUGUCGUCAGCGUGAGGAUCCCUAUAGCUAAAUUGGCUAUACGUAUCAUCGUUCUCGGUUGUCGGAUGCCUAAAUACAGAGUUUGCGCAAUAGUCAUAUCAGAGAUUCAUGAAAUGCCUAAAAUAAGGAUACGGAUCGUCACUGUAAGGAUACUCUGUAUAGCUGAAUUGGCUAUACGGCGUAUCGUUAACACGUUACUGUGGUGA